UGUUAGUCCCCUGUGCCUAUGUCGGCGUUCCGGUACCACGACGCGCAGCUCUAUGCCCGCGACUUGAGUCUCUUCACGUCAAACGCGUGGCUAAACGAUGCAGCGAUCAACUUUUACUUCACGGUGGUAUACCAUGACCUAUGUGGUGCACCGUCGGACGUUCUCCUCAUGGAUCCUGCCGUCGUCUCGUGCAUGAUGCUCCAGUGCGACGAAGAUGAAGAUUUGAUCGAUUUGACGCAAGGUCUGCAACUCAAGGAAAAAUCACUGAUUGUGCUCCCUGUGAACGAUCGAAGCAGUUUUGACUCCCAGGGAAGCCAUUGGGCACUCUUGGUGUACUCGUCGGCGAAUGGGUUCGAAUUCUAUGAUUCGAGUGCAGAUCACAACCUUCAUAGUGCUGUCGAAGUGGCAGGUGUCCUCGGUCGCGCACUGGGUCUGCCGACAUCCACCGUGUAUGUACGGAGUGUCACAUGUCCACAGCAGCGGAAUGCAUUCGAUUGCGGCAUGUAUGCGUGCUUGAUUGCGGAGUGGGUGUGCACAACGUAUUGCAAGGCUCAUUUGUUGUCGUUGGAUGCUUUCGUAACUCCUCAGGCCAUUCAGUCCAAGCGACGAAGCAUGCCAUCCCUUGUCGACCAGCUCAAAAUGAAGUGAAUCUCUUAGACAUUGGCGAAAUCGGCACUUUUCUAGUCCUGUUUCAUGGCCUUUGGCGCUGCACAUCGUGGAAAAAGCACCUGAGGGUGGCAAAAUGUCAUCGCGGCAUACUUGGCAAGGUGCCAUGA